AUUUAUGACCUACGUCUCCUGUUUCUAUCACGCCUUCUCAGGUGCUCAGAAGGCUGAGACAGCAGCCAAUCGAAUCUGCAAGGUGUUGGCAGUUAAUCAGGAGAAUGAGCACCUGAUGGAGGACUAUGAAAAACUGGCCAGCGAUCUGUUGGAGUGGAUUCGUAGGACAAUCCCAUGGUUGGAAAACCGUGCUCCAGAGAAAACCAUGACAGAAAUGCAGCAGAAACUGGAAGAUUUCCGCGAUUACCGUCGCGUUCACAAACCACCCAAAGUUCAGGAGAAGUGUCAGCUAGAGAUCAACUUCAACACACUGCAGACCAAACUCCGUCUGAGCAACCGACCAGCCUUUAUGCCAUCUGAGGGACGCAUGGUGUCGGACAUUAAUGGUGCAUGGCAUAAACUGGAAGGGGCAGAGAAAGGCUAUGAAGAGUGGCUACUGAAUGAGAUCCGUCGUUUAGAGAGACUUGACCAUCUUGCAGAAAAGUUCCGUCAGAAAGCAGCCAUCCAUGAAAGCUGGACAGAUGGUAAGGAGGCCAUGCUAACACAGAAGGAUUAUGAGACCGCAACUCUGUCUGAGAUCAAAGCUCUCCUGAAGAAGCACGAGGCGUUCGAAAGUGACCUUGCUGCCCACCAGGACAGAGUGGAGCAGAUUGCCGCUAUUGCACAGGAGCUCAAUGAGCUGGACUACUACGACUCCCCGAGCGUUAAUGCACGCUGUCAGAAGAUCUGUGAGCAAUGGGAUGCUCUGGGUUCCCUCACACAGAGCCGCAGAGAGUCUCUCGAGAGAACAGAGAAACAGCUGGAGUCUAUUGAUGAGCUGUACCUGGAGUACGCCAAGAGAGCAGCACCGUUCAACAACUGGAUGGAGGGAGCCAUGGAGGACCUUCAGGACAUGUUCAUUGUACACAACAUCGAGGAGAUCCAGGGACUGAUAACGGCUCAUGACCAGUUCAAAUCAACUCUUCCAGAGGCAAAUAAAGAGCGGGAAUCUAUUCAGGCCAUCCAGGCUGAAGUUCAGAAAAUCGCACAGUACAAUGGCAUCAAACUGGCCGGAAACAAUCCUUACACCACCAUCACCCCUCAGAGCAUUGACAAGAAAUGGGAGAAGGUGCAGCAACUGGUUCCACAGCGUGAUCAGGCUCUUCAGGAAGAACUCGCACGUCAGCAGUCUAAUGACCAUCUCAGACGCCAGUUUGCCAACCAGGCCAACAUGAUUGGACCAUGGAUCCAAAAUAAGAUGGAGGAGAUCGGGCGGAUAUCAAUUGAGAUGAAUGGAACGCUGGAAGAUCAGCUGACCCACCUCCGUCAGUAUGAGCAGAGCAUCAUUGAAUACAAACCCAACAUUGACCAACUGGAGGGAGACCAUCAGCUCAUUCAGGAAGCACUUAUAUUUGACAACAAAUAUACUGCUUACACUAUGGAGCACCUUCGUGUUGGUUGGGAGCAACUCCUUACUACAAUUGCCCGCACCAUUAAUGAGAUCGAGAACCAGAUUCUGACUCGUGAUGCUAAAGGCAUCAGCCAGGAGCAGCUUCAUGAGUACCGCACGUCCUUCAAUCACUUCGACAAGAAGCGCACGGGGAUAAUGGAUGGCGACGAUUUCCGCGCACUGCUCAUUUCCACUGGGAACAGCCUGGGUGAUGCCGAAUUUGCUCGUAUUAUGGGCAUUGUUGACCCCAACAACAGUGGAGCAGUGACCUUCCAGGCCUUCAUCGACUUCAUGUCAAGGGAAACAACCGACACAGACACCGCAGACCAAGUCAUCGCCUCAUUUAAGAUCCUAGCCGGAGACAAGAACUACAUCACAGCCGAGGAGUUGAGGCGUGAGCUUCCUCCUGACCAGGCAGAGUACUGCAUUGCCCGAAUGGCACCAUACACGGGCCCCGACGCGGUGCCAGGUGCUCUUGACUACAUGUCCUUCUCCACCGCCCUGUAUGGGGAGAGCGACCUCUAA